GCAUCCAGGAAACAAGAAACAAUCAGAAGAGAAGACAUCUUUAAAGCCCCACCUGGAAGUGAUGAACCAAUCAGAACAGUGAUGACCAUGGGAGUGGCUGGCAUUGGGAAAACACUGUUAACACAGAARUUCACUCUGGACUGGGCUGAAGGCARAACCAACCAGAACAUCCAGUUYAUAUUUCCAUUCACUUUCAGAGAGCUGAAUGURCUGAAAGRSAAAMAGUUCAGUUUAGUGSAACUGAUUCAUCACUUCUUUGAAGAUAUUAAAGACGCAGGAAUCCGCAGCUUUAAAAAGUUYCAGGUUCUGUUCAUCUUUGAUGGUCUGGAUGAGAGCAGACUUCCACUGGACUUUGAUAAUAAUCUGAUCCUGACUGAUGCUACAGAGUCCAGCUCASUGGAUGUUCUGCUGACAAACCUCAUCUGGGGGAAUCUGCUUCCCUCUGCUCUCCUCUGGAUAACCACACGACCUGCAGCAGCCAAUCAGAUCCCUGCUGAGUGCGUCGGCAUGGUAACAGAGGUCAGAGGGUUCACUGACCCCCAGAAGGAGGAGUACUUCAGGAAGAGAUUCAGAGGUGAUGAAAAGAUGGCCAGCAGGAUCAUCUCCCACAUCCAGAAAUCAAAAAGUCUCCACAUCAUGUGUCACAUCCCAGUUUUCUGCUGGAUCACUGCUAAAGUUCUGGAGGAUGUGAUGGAAAACGGAGAGGGAGGAGAGCUGCCCAAGACCCUGACUGAGAUGUACAUAGAGUUCCUGCUGCUUCAGUUCACAAUCAAGGAGAAAAAAUUUCAUGGACAGCGAAAGACAAAAAAUAUCUGGAGUCCAGAGAACAAGAAGCUGAUUGAGUCUCUAGGUAGUCUGGCUUUAGAUCAUCUGCUGGAGGGAAACCUGGUCUUCUAUGACGAAGAUCUUGAUAAGUGUGGCAUCGACAUUAAAGAUGCCGCGUUGUUCUCAGGAGUUUUCACUGAGAUGUUUAAAAAGGAGAGAGGAACGCGCGACAUCUCCGUCUACUCCUUUGUUCAUCUGAGCAUCCAGGAGUUUCUGGCUGCCAUCUACAUGCUCCACUGCUUCACCAGCAGGAGGUCAGAGGUGAUCAAGACGUUCCUGGGAGAAGAAUACAAUGAAACAUCUCUAGAUGAGUUCAUGAAGAAAGUCAUGGAGAAAUCCCUCAGCAGUAAAAAUGGCCACCUGGACCUGUUUGUYCGCUUCCUUCAUGGUCUCAYUGUGGAGUCCAACCAGAGACUCUUAGRAGAUCUGCUGGGUCAGACAGAGAACCGUCCAGAAACCAYCCAGRGMAUCAUCACCAACCUGAAGGAGAUGAACACUGAUAGAAUCUCUCCUGACAGAAGCAUCAACAUCUUCUACUGUCUGGUGGAGAUGAACGACGUCUCAUUUUAUCAG